GAGAACAGAGGCAUGGUCUGGUUAUCAUUAUCUGAGCCGAGCGGGAUUCACAGUCAUCUUUCGCCAACUGCUAUUUAGUCUGUUGCAUCUCUCGUUGGCUAUCAUAACAAGUUUCGCUCAGCACAAGAGUGCAUCUCCAAUAGCAGUGGAUUAAAAAGUGUUUGUAAAUACGUGAUAGUGAAUACUUUACUGAGUUCACAGAGUUCUUCAAUUUUAGUCCAUUAGCGAGGUGUAUUUUGUAUCCAUAAUCAUCAGUAUUCUCAGGUGCUUGAACAUGGAGGCAAAGGCUCUGGUAUUCCUGUUGGUUGUUAUAGCCUCAUUCUGCGCUAAUGCCCAGGCACAGGAAAGAAGGAAUUGGCUGGAGAAUUCAAGAAGGAUCGUCGAUGGAGAUGAUGUGAACAGAAUGAGGAGAACAUUUCAUGAAGAGUUGAUGGGAGGAAUUCUGCAUGGCCGCAUACGGAGAUCCCCGAACGACAAGAGAGGCAGCGUUGUUUUGUCGGGCACCAGAACGGAGGGCCAGUUCGGAAGACCGUCUCAGAGUUCGGUGAGAGGCGACUACAACCACAACUUGUGGCGAGGCAAGAACGGAGCCACUGUCGACGCCAACGCCUUCUACCAGCGAAACAGGGGCGGUGGACCCAAACAGGAUUAUGGUGGUGGAAUCAGGGCAUCAAUUCCCUUUGGUAGGCGAUAGAGAAAUGAUAGGAUGAUUGAGAGGGGGGGAUAUAUUCAUCAAUUUUCUUCAUAAAUAAACAAAAUGUAUGGUAUUUUUAAUUUGUUAGAUAAUCAAAGUAUUUAUUUGUAAGUUAGUUUAAUCAAAACGACUGAUUAGAUUAUUAAAAUCAAAACUUGUUUUUUUAGUAAUAAGCACAUGAUAAUUCCAAUAAUUUAUUUAAUUUUUUAUCUCUACAUUAUAAUAAUUAUAGUCGUAUAAGCUUUCCAUGAGUGAAUAAAUGAGGAUAUAAUUAUGGAA